GGGAACGCUUGUCUCUGCGUCUUUGUCAACUAAACAGUUACGUCAAACUAGCAAUGGCUGCUGCUACACUCGUUGCAAGGGCUCCGGCGAUUUCUCUGUCUAAAAUGGAAAUAGAUACCUCUACAUUGAACAAUUUAGCGACAGAAGAAGAAGAUGAUGUGGCAACAAGGGAAGCAGGGAUCUUGUCACUGGCUGAGCAGUACAAGAAAGCAGGCCAGGCCCACCAGUUGGCUCAACUCAUCAAGGACACUCGACCUUUUCUCUCCCAGAUAUCGAAGGCUAAAGCUGCCAAGCUGGUGCGGACGAUGGUAGACAUGUUCCUAGACAUGGAAGCUACAACAGGUUUAGAGGUAGAAGUGUGCAGGGACAACAUUGAAUGGUCAAAAAUUGAACGCCGUACCUUCUUGCGUCAGUCAUUGGAGGCGAGAUUGGUGGCUCUCUUUUAUGACACAAAACAGUACACAGAGGCCCUUGCCCUGGGCUCUCAGUUGUUAAAAGAGUUAAAGAAGUUAGAUGACAAAAACUUGUUGGUGGAAGUUCAGCUCUGGGAAAGUAAAACAUAUCAUGCACUGGGUAACUUGCCUAAAGCCCGUGCCGCCUUAACUUCAGCACGCACAACAGCAAAUGCUAUAUAUUGUCCGCCUAAGCUUCAAGCAGCUCUUGAUUUGCAGUCUGGCAUUCUUCAUGCUGCUGAAGAAAAGGAUUUCAAGACAGCUUUUUCAUAUUUCUAUGAAGCAUUUGAAGGAUAUGAUAGUACUGACAGCCCAAAAGCUCUCACUGCUCUAAAGUAUAUGUUACUAUCAAAAAUUAUGCUGAAGUGUCCAGAGGACGUUCACAAUAUUGUAAGUGGGAAGUUGGCACUGCGGCACAGUGGAAGUCACGUUGAUGCAAUGAAGGGUAUUGCUGCUGCCAGUAGUAAGCGCUCUCUAGCCGACUUCAAAACUACCCUUGGUAAGUAUAAGGAGGAAUUAGAAGGUGACAUGAUUGUGAAGGCUCAUUUAAACACCCUAUAUGAUAACAUGCUCGAGCAGAAUUUGUGCAGAAUUAUUGAGCCAUACAGUAAGGUGCAAGUGGCCUAUGUAAGUGAAACCAUAGGUCUACAACAGGACACUGUUGAACGCAAACUGUCUCAGAUGAUCUUAGAUUCUAAAUUGACUGGUAUUCUUGAUCAGGGUGCAGGGGUAUUGAUUGUUUGGGAUCCUGUUACCAAGGACAAAACAUACGAACACGCUCUUGAUACCAUUAAGGCGAUGGAAAAGGUCGUAGACGUCUUGUACCAGAAGGCCAAGAAACUAACGUAAAAAAUAGCAAACUUAGCUCUGCACAGUUUCGCUAUACAGUAUAGGAUUAAGGGCUGGUUAACAAUUCUGGUGUAUGAUCCCAUAUUGUGUCUGUGUAUUGUAAGUAAUUUAUGCUGUACAUUGCAGGAUUGUUACAGCUGUCCAGACCUCCACAACCCUAAGGACAUUUUUUUUUUUUUUUGUGAUGUAAAUCCAGAGGUGUGUUGACUAGUGAUGUUCACUUGUGCUACCUUGUGCCCCACUGCUCUGUAUAUAUAAACUAUCAUAAAGUGGGGAAGUAGCAGGUUGUGGCUUACAUCACAGUGGUAAGGAUAGUUUGUUAAACGUACUGCUCUUUUCUCCAUAAAUACAGUGUAACUUGAGAGUAGAAAUGCUGUUAAGUUAUUUACUACUUUUGUGAAAAGGGCAAUUUUUUGUAUGUUGUUUGAUAAUAAAUAAGGAGCACUAGCAAUACACAAUACUAGUACAGUAUAUUGUAAAUUUAUCUUUUCAAUAAAAUUAUUAUUUUUUCAUUAUUGACUUUACAGAGAAUAUUCAUCAUUGUUAAAAUUCAAUAUUUCCUGUUCAUUUUAACAGAAGAUAAAAUAUUACAAUCACCCAAACCAACUUUGUACAAUGUUAAACAGAUUUAUCUUUGUGCUUGUAAUCCAUUAACAGGCAUGUACUUGUAAGUACAGUAGCAUCAAAAUCUAAAGUGCUGUGUUAACUGUGCCCUUGAGACUAUUACAUACUAACCCAUAAAGCAGAGAUGUAAUUCUUUGCCUUAUGUUGUGCAGUAUCAGUAAUGACCGUGAUAGGGAUAAGGAUAGCAAUUACAUGAGGAUUAUUUUCAAGUCCUUAUUAUAAUCAGCUUACCACCAAGAUUUAACUUUGAGAUAUUUUAUAAAAUAAAAAAAAUGUAUCUUAA